AUGGGCUGUUGCUGCGAGUGGCGAGCACCGAAGCCGCUUCGCUAUGUGUUACCUGCCAUCAUUGUGGGGGUCAUUGCGUAUUUGUACUCUUCCUUCGUAGUUUUCGCGCAUAGUCGUGUGCUGGAAGCCGGGGCAUCACCUUGGGAACUUGUGCUCUUCCACAUCAUGACAUUUCUGCUAUGCUGGUCUCUAGCGCAGACGAUGCGCUCAUCCGACUCAUUCCUACGGCGCCGUACGCUGACAAGGGAGAAGCUCAACGAGAUAAAGUUGCUAGCAGCCGAACCCGAUGAUGCACUGGUCGAGACCAAGAUGAACGGCGCCAUUCGCACCUGCCGCAAGUGCCGCGCAUUGAAACCAGAUCGAACCCACCACUGCAGCACAUGCAGACGCUGUCUACUCAAGAUGGACCAUCACUGCGUCUACAUCAACAAGUGCAUUGGCUACUUUAACUACAAGUACUUCGUGCUCUUCCUGGGCUGGAGUGCAUCAACAUGUUUGUAUCAAAGCAGUUUAGUUUUCCGCUACGUGCUGGCCGAGAGUCUGGAUCGAGCUGCGACUCUCUACUUCUUCGGCAAGCUAGGGCUGUUCAACUCGCACCUUCAGACUGUGAGCGUGUUCUUCGGUAGCGCGUGUUUGGGUUUGGCGCUGGCGUGCUUCCACCUGAUGCAUCUGUACUUCGUUGCGAACAAUUACAGCACGCUCGAGUACUGCGAGAAGCGAGACGACCCCGACUACAUCAACUACUACAACGUCGGUAUAGUGCGCAACUUUCAGGAGGUCUUCGGUACUCUCCGCGAGUUCCCAUUCUGGUUUGUGCCAGUGCACAGCCCCAGCUUUCGGAAGCGAGAUGGGAAAUCUUUUCCACUAAACCCCAAGUUUACUAAGGCCGACUAG